AUGGUUUCGUUCGAACAGUUUUUAAUUCAAGAUCCACUUGACAAUUACGGAGACAGAGAGCUCUACAACACCAAGUUCAAACCCCUCAUUGAGGCCUACAACAAAAGGUUGGAAGAAAGCAUCUUGGACGAGUACAAGAUCACCUUGCCCAAAUCGAGAGACGAAUUGAUUGCAGAACAAUUUGACGCUGUUGACUAUUUGUACUCUGCUAAAUUAUUAUCCGAGAGAGAGUUUGAAAUCACCGAUACUUCGGCUACGGAGAUUGUCGCCAAGAUUGCCGCCGGUGAAUGGACUGCUGUUGAGGUUUUUACUGCUUAUGCUAAGCGUGCCACUAUUGCUCACCAAUUCACCAACUGCGCUCACGAGUUGUUCACUCAAGAAGGUUUGGAAAGAGCCAAGGAGUUGGAUGCUUACCAGAAGGAAAACGACGGCAAGACCGUUGGUCCAUUACAUGGUUUGCCAAUCUCGCUUAAGGAGUUUGUGAGUCUUGAAGGUAAAAUCACCCAUGGUGGCUAUGCUGCUUUUGUUGAAAAUGUCGCCGAGAAGGAUUCGGUUACUGCUCACAUCUUGAGAAAAUUGGGUGCCGUGUUCUACAUUAGAACAACCCAGCCAUUGACGCUUAUGCAGUUGGACUCGGAAAACAACUACAGUGGCUUCACCAAGAACCCAUUCAAUUUGUUGUUAUCCAGUGGUGGUUCUUCCUCGGGUGAAGGUGCCGUUGUGUCAUUUGGCGGCUCUACCUUGGGUGUAGGGUCCGAUAUUGGUGGAUCUAUUAGAUCUCCAGCGGCAUUUUCAGGCUGUCAUGGUUUCAGACCAACAACCAGAAGAAUUUCCAACCUUGGCAACGUUGCCAACUAUUCUGGCCAAGAAUCAGUUUCCCCAGUGACUGGCCCUUUGGCUAGGUCAGUUGCCGACCUUGAAUUGUUUAUGAAAGCUUACAUCAACUCGGGUAAACCAUGGGAUAUGGACACGUGGUCACUUCCUAAAUUGUGGAAAGAUGUUGCCAAACCAGAUGUAAAGCAAUUGACCAUUGCCGUUGUUAAAGAUGACGGCUUGGUGAGAGUCUCGCCUCCGAUUAGAAGAGCAUUAGCCGAGGUUGUUGCUAAAUUGGAAGCCGCGGGCGUCAAAAUCAUCGAAUUGAAGCAAAAGAACUCCAAGUUGGCCUAUGAAACCGUGCACAAGAUGUACUGCUGCGACGGAAACUACGAAAGUAGAUCAUUGAUUGCUAAAUCCGGUGAGCCAAUUCCAAGAUUGACACAAUGGAGUUUGAACUAUGGUGAAGGUGCCAAGAUGUACAACUGUGCUGAAAACAGACAGUUGAACAUGAUAAGAGACGACUUGAGAAACGAAUAUAACGACUACUUUGUGGCCAACAAUGUGGAUUUCAUCUUGUCGCCAGCUUACAACAACGUUGCUCCCCACUCGGGUGAGAUUUACAACUGGUCCUACACCUCCAUCUUUAACAUUUUGGACUUGCCAACUUUGGCUUUCCAAACUGGGUUGAAACAAGACCCCGAGUUGGACGUCUGGACCGAGGAGGACAAGAACUACACCUACAGAUCUGACUUGGAGCAGUUGGAGAACGAAAACUACAAGCCUGAUGAGUUUAAAGGCGCACCUAUUGCCUUGCAGUUGAGUGCUAGAAGAUACUUUGACGAAGAGCUUCUUGCAGCUGGUAAGGCCAUCAUUGAUGAUAUUUUAAAAGUUGAUCUUUUCAAACACUGA